AUCGGCUGUCUCUGGGUGGUCAACCACAUUCCUACCUCUUGGAUACCGACGUCACGUGCCGUAUGCUCAAUUAAGUGAGCACUAAGGAGUGACAAGAUCAAUUAUUCAUAGAUAAUUGUUAUUGCCUUAUAGAACGAAAGCUAGGAUGUCGUUGGCGUUACAAGCAUUGUGCCCCCUCAUACCGAGGCUCAGUUUCUUCUAGCUAUUAUGCCGCCAUCGAGGGUGAUUUGGCAGCGCGAUUCGAGCCUUCCUGGCGACAGUCCCCCUUCGACCGAAGUGCUGGACGCCAUGCGUUCGUACGCUGAGGGUCACCAGGUACAGGAGAUGUUGCAUAUUCUUCUGACACGUUUGUUAGAGACCCAGCCGCUGGACUCGUUAGAGUUCCUCAUUCAGACUCUGCAGAAGGAUGACCAGCUGGACGCGAUGGUAAAGAAAGCUACCUUGCGUCGAUUUGAUCUGCGGCGUGAAAAAACCAAGAAGCAUCUGAUACUCCAGUUUUACAAGCGUUUGGUGGCACUGCAGCGUACUCAGCACGUCGACAAGCUCGAAGCUCGGGGGAUGCAUCUCGCGUGUGGGUUUUUGACUUCGCAACUGCGACUCGAAGAGACCCGAUGCCAUAUUCAAAAUCUUUAUCCGAGCCACUAUCGAGACCUCAUCGCGUGGUUCAUCGACCAUGAAGCAGAAUUGCCCACAGGAAUCCCCGCUGAGCUAUUUGCCAAGACGUGCAUGCAGGUCUUGAAGACACAGGCAACAGCGUAA